AUGGCUUCCGCUCUCUUCGCCCACCAACUACGACCGACCAUCAUCCAAUCCGAAGCCGCUGCCUUUGUCUGCAAAAGCUGCCGUCGUAAUGUAGCAACAGCCCGCCGAACACGAAAAGCGCUGCGCGUGAAGCUCGAUCCCUCAUUCGCACCCAGCAAGACAGAAGCCCAGGACCACAUCAUCUUCAAUCCGCCAUCAAGUGCACCCAAUGUCUACCAUACACCAGCCAAGUUCCUACCAAAGUCAGAUCCGCGAAGAGCGCUCCACACUACUUCAGCGCCAACGGAAGAAAGUGCACCAGCACCACGACAAGGAAUACUAGCAUCAAUAGCAGCACAGAGAGCUGCGGCAGCGCCACCAGUAGAAUCACUGAAACCUGUGCGGCCCAUACAAGAGAAGAAGUACCAUCUGACUCAGGCAGAAAUCGAUGAGAUUAGAAGGUUACGCGCGGAAGACCCCAGGCAAUGGACAAGAGUGCGUCUAGCGGAGAAAUUUGACUGUUCGCAAUUCUUUGUGAGUCUGUGCUGCUCGGCGCCGGAGAUCAAGCAGGAGCAGGAUCAGGAGUUGGAGCGGAUAAAGGCGAAGUGGGGGCGACGGAAGAGGGACGAUAGAGAUGCGAGGCAGGAGAGGAAGAAACGAUGGGGGAUGGAUGCUUGA